AUGGGUCAGGUCAGUUCCCAGGUCGAAGCAGAGGGACCGUAUCAACCGAACUCUAGGCGGUUUCAAGUCCGAAAUGUUCAAGCGUUCGUAAACGAAGGAGAUGAUGGUGGCGUCUAUGAUAGCUUUGAUGCCAUCAACCCGGCGCCGGUGAUCACGGCGGCAUUGGACUCGAGUCAGUCGACGUCCAGUCCUAACUUAACAAUUAGCCGCCCAAAUGGUCGACCUAUUGAAUACGUGCAGGAUCCCGAGUCACAGCAACUGGUUGUGCGAGUGCCGUACGCCCCGUCAAUCACAUUCCGCUUCAAGGUGUCCAUGCUGGCGACUUCAAAUCUCGGCGUUAACAGUUUGACGUUUAUAACCGCAGACAAGCGACGACAGCUUGAGGGAUUUAUUGAUUCAGAGCUACUGAAUAACCCGAAUAUUCAGAACGAGGAGAACGUCGUGCUUUUAGGAGACUUUUGCUCGGAUGGCGACGCCCCGCGGGUUUAUCAAAAAGACUUUGUUUGGACAUGGACGCCAUCAGCUAACGACGCAGAAAGACCCGGUGGAUGGCCCAUCCAUUUUGGAUUCGUUGAAUAUGAAAAAAAUGGUCAUAGACUAUCUCCGCUGUUUUGUGGACAGUUUUGGAUCGGUGAAACACCAGUAGGCCUCGACCCUCUAUUGAUCUCCGAGUUUGCGGCUCAGCGUAUCAAUAGUCCCAUUCAGGACUUUUCUAUAGCGGAAACGCUAAAUUUCGAUCUCAUGAAUCCAGAAAUCUCCUCGCCUAUUGCUUUGAGAGAUAUUUAUGGCCCCACCCCCGCCGCUCCAAGCGGCCAAGCGGCAGCAAGCACUAGCACGGCAUCGAAAUCCAGUAUUACGGGACUGCAAACGCAACAGGCAAACCAACAACCAUCGGGAGGUGGGCUAUGUAGUCCUUUAGCCCCGGUUCCAGUGAACACCUGGCCAGCCCAUGCAUCCUCAUUACCUUCGGAGACUUCUUCUGCGAGCAAGUAUCUUGCCGUUCGACCAGGUGCUGAACAAACAAUCCAGCCUGAAGAUGGCCCCCUGUUCCGAAGUACCAUUCAGCAGAUGGAGCGAAAGUAUGCUGGACUCAAAGCUCAAGUGAAAAAGCUCCUGAAACGAUCAGUUUUAAUGCAUGAACGACUUGCUGCCGCUAUCGAAGCUAGCCAGUGGUUCUUCUACUCUUUUCACCAAGCAGGUUAUGUUGAUCUUCCGUCAACCAGGCCGGUUGCCCAGUUUUACCGUAGAGACAAGGAAGAUGGGUUUCACGUCAUUAUCACCCACAGCAAGGCGCAGCUUCAGAACCUAGUGAAGAACGUUAUCCAACCAUUACAGGACUUUUACGAUCAGGAAAUUAAAGCUUUCGAUUCUCGUAAACGUGAAUUUGAUGACGAAAGCUCACAGUAUUAUUCGUGGAUGUCCAAGUACCUUUCCAACCGCAAAAAGGCCGAUCACGAUGCCAAGUACCUUGAGAAACGACGUGCGUUCGAGCUCUCUCGAUUUGACUAUUACAGUUACUUGCUCGAUCUUCAUGGCGGCCGUAAGUUGCAGGACGUGAUUCAGCGGGUUGCUCAAUAUACUGAAACGUUGGCUGAUGGCUACGUUGAUAUGGGGAAUUUAUUUGCCACAAAGAUUAAACCAAACAUCGAUAUUAUGGUUCAGGAUCUGAACGAGGCGGCAAAAGACUGGCGGCGCCAGAGAACUGAACGUGAGGAGCGUAGACGACUUUUAGAGCGCACCAACGGUGAGAUUUUUGGAGCAGCUUUGUCUACAACAAAGACAGAUCAGGGUUCUACCGGAAAUAAUAGCACACACAAUUUGCCAGGGUCAGAAUCAGUUACUAACUCAAUGCUCUCAGGCUCUGGUUCGGAAGAAACAGCCCCAACUACACAUCAUCCCGAGCAAGACGAUGCCCAUAAAGAGGGGUUGCUUUGGGCAAUAAGUAGGCCGACUGGCUUUCAGGAGCAGAAUAUGCAAAAACAAGUUGGUCUCAAGUGGCAUAAAUACUGGGUGGUUCAGGACGUCGGGCGAAUCUGCGAGUAUACCAACUGGAAGCAGGGCCUAGAUCUACACAACGACCCGAUUGAUUUAAAAACAGCAAAUGUGCGUGAGGCCCGGAACGCUGAUCGCCGUUUCUGCUUUGAGGUAGUGACCCCCCAGUACCGUCGAGUCUACCAAGCCACGUCAGACGACGAUAUGCGAUCAUGGAUAUCCUCCAUCAACCGUGGCAUUAGUAGAUCGCUUGAAGACCAUUCGGAGGUCUCUGGGAUCAAUCCUGGAAGCGUCCAAACGGAUUUACAAGUGUCCAAACCUCGUGAGACUAAGGAUAAGCUCGAACGGCUUGGUCGUAAGCUCUCUUUAAAAACCGAAAAAGCUCGUUACAUUGCAGGCGGGUUGGCUAGUGCGCCACCAAUAAGUGGUCCAUCUCUUUUCGGAACCUCGGUCCCAAAAUCUUCAGGUGUACUGCCCAAUCCAGUCCCUCACACGGGCAACCAUCAUUUUUCUCUGCCGGCACCUAUCACCUCGCCCUCAGGAAGCACAUCACUUAUGACCUUAAUUCAAAAGGCUCCGAGCAACCGCCUCUGUGCGGACUGUCAAAGCAGCAAUUCUGUGGAAUGGGUCUCUAUCAACUUAAUGAUGGUUCUGUGUAUUGACUGCUCGGGCGCCCAUCGCUCUUUGGGCUCGCAUAUCUCUAAAGUACGGUCGUUGAAACUCGACACAGUAUCAUUCACACAGGAUCUAGUUGCAGCAUUGACAUCCGUGUCCAAUGGUGUCAUGAACAGUAUUUGGGAGGCUCGGCUCUCACACAAGCCAGUGAUUACAGACAAGAACCGUCUUGCCUUCAUAUCUGGCAAGUAUGUGGAGAAGCUGUAUAUCCGUGACAUCGAAAAACCCAAUACGGAGCUAAGGCAAGCCGUUGUCGACAACGACGUUGCAAAAGUUGCUGCUGCUCUUGCGGCUCGGGCCAAUGCUAACGUUAAGAGCGAUGACGAUGAACCUAUUUUAGUUACAUCUCUACGGACAGCUCCAGCAGGGACACACUCGUUCCCCAUUGCGGAAAUCCUUAUUGUGAACGGUGCCCAACUACCCCAGCAAAUGCCUCAAGGACUGAGCUCGGCGGCCCAGUCAUUUUUGAGCAUUCGGGCGAAAUCUUCUUUGGUCUAG